AUGGCAAAUAAUUUACCAGACUUAUGUCUUCAAAAUAUAUUCAAACAUUUGAAUUACGACAAAGCUUUAUAUCCUUGUACAUUAGUUAAUAAACAAUGGAGUUAUUCUUCUAUUCCAGUAUUAUGGUCAAAUCCAUUUAUUUAUGUAUUUGAAGGACGAAAACCUUUAAAUUCUUUAAAACCUUUAAUAGAUACUUAUUUAUCUUUUUUACCUCAAAAUCAACAAGAAGAACUUGAAAUUAAACCAAAAUUUAAUCAAAACUCAAUAAUGUUUAAUUAUCCCGUUUAUAUUCGGCAUAUAUUUUUUUAUUUUAUUUAUGAGGGUGUAAAAUAUUGGUGUAAUCACUGUAAUGUAUCAAAUAUUAUUAUUAAAGAAAGAAAAAAUCAAAUUUGUAAAGCAUUAAUUGAAUCUUUUUUUAUUAAAUCUUCAAAGAUUGAUACAUUUGAAAUUUUUGAAUCUGAUGAUGAUGAUUUUAAAAUUUCAGAUAUUUUUGGUUCCAUUUCAAAUAUUCAAAAAAUUCAAAAAAUUCGUACAUUAAUUAUUGCAAAAUGUUCUGAUAUUUCAAUUUUGUUAAAUUUAACUCUAAAUGUAAAAUCUUUAAAACUUUUUACUCUUUAUAAUUUUGAUUUAGUUAAUAGUUUAAGACAAUUUGUUCAAUCACAAAAAAAUUUAACUGAUAUUACAUUCUCCUUUCCACCUAAACUAUUUCCAACUUAUUGGGAAAUAUUUCAUUCUUCAAAAACUGCUACAUCAACGGUAACUUUUAUUGAAUUUAUUCAUAUUCAAUUUCCUAAAAAUAUUUCUUUGAUCUAUCAUUUAGCUCUUUUUACGAAUUUACAAUAUCUUAAAUUUCGUGCUUGUGAUUUUGGUUAUAUUCCAAAUAUUAAAGAAGAUCAACUUAUACAAGAAAUCAAUUCAAAUUAUCCUUUGGCUUUUAAAAAAUUAAACACUAUUAUUAUUAUUGAAGAUUCUUAUCUUAAUUUAGAAAUAUUAAAGAUUCUAUUACAAUUUUCGGGUGAAGAAUUAUUAUCUUUAGAAUUAUUUGAGGUCAAAAUUAAUAAAUUUAAUUACAUUAUAAAAUGGUUGGAAGUUUUUUGUCCAAAUUUAAGAAGGUUGGUGAUUGUGGAUAAAACAAAUGAUAAAUUAGAAAUAGUGGGAAUUCAUGAUUUUUUCCGAAAAUUUAAUAAUUUAUCAUAUGUAAUUAUUAAUGGAGAAAAACAUUUUGUUACAUGA